AUGUAUAUAGCCGUAUCUCGAUGUCUUCGUUCAGAGACUCAGGGAGACAUUGUAAAUUUUAUCAGAUAUAAGUCCAAGUCUUCGACUCGAUGGCUCAACAGACAAGUCAACGAUCCCCAUACUAAGCAGUCGAAAUCAGAUCAUUAUCGAUCUCGAGCUGCCUAUAAAUUGAUAGAGAUAGACCAGAAGUACAGCGUUUUCAACAGAAAGACAGAAAACAUUUUAGAUCUCGGCUUUGCCCCUGGUGCAUGGACUCAAGUGGCAGUGGAACGAAUGAAAAAACUAGGAGUAAAGUCUCUGAUUCUAGGCGUAGAUCUUAUAUUAUCCACAGCUCCGAAAGGGAGCCAUUUUAUUCAGGGUAAUAUACUUUCAAAAAAGACCCACGAUGAUAUUCGGGAUUUUUUUACUCGAAAACAGCUGGAAAUAGUGAAAGAAAGUGAGGGUUCAGAGAUAGAAAUAAUAGAUCAAAAACGUAAAAUGUUGACUGUAGACUUAGUUCUCAGUGAUAUGAUGUCCAACACCUCCGGAAUAAAGGAUAAUGACCAUUAUGCAAGUAUGGAUCUCUGUGAUGGGGCUAUAAUACUAGCGUGCGAAGUUCUUAAAGAAGGUGGAAGCUUGGUGAUGAAGUUCUACACUGGCAAGGAAGACCAGGUAUUACAAGAGAGAAUGCGUUUACUAUUCGAGAAAGUCUACAGAUUCAAGCCUCAGGCUUGUCGGAACGAGCUGAGAGAAAUGUACAUUAUAGGAGUUGGCAAGAAGCGAGAUAUCUGCGUAGAAGAAGUUUUCCACUAG